GGUGGGAUUUCCUAAACGGUGCCUGCGAAAUUCCCGCUAUCCAUUUAGCCAGUUUACUCAUUUUCUUGUAACUUGUUAGUGCUUUAAGAGUGGGCUGUGCAUAUAUCAGCUUACUAACGAUACCAAGAAAUUCUGGCCAUAACCUUGACGCAGCUAGAAGCAGUAGUAGUAGCUGUCUAUAUGCAUUAUUUUAAUGUUGUAAUCAAUAUAACAUUAUUAACAUUGCUUUCCGAUAUAUAGCCAGAACAUAAGUCUGAAAGUGACCGUUCUGAAAGAAUCGGUGGUUAGCUAACUAGAUAGCUAAUAUUUCCAAUUCUCUUGUUGGAUGUCAGCUGCCUAUCCGUUGUAUGUGCGGUAAUAAUAUGUCAGCGCCGCUUCCUGCCAUUGUACCAGCCGCACGGAAAGCAACUGCAGCGGUAAUAUUUCUUCAUGGACUGGGAGAUACUGGACACAGCUGGGCAGAGGCCCUGGCUGGGAUCAGAACCCCUCAUGUCAAGUACAUCUGUCCUCAUGCGCCAAUUAUGCCGGUUACCCUCAACAUGAACAUGGCAAUGCCAUCUUGGUUUGAUAUAAUUGGCCUAAGUCCAGAUGCAGAAGAAGAUGAAUCUGGUAUAAAACAGGCUGCUGAAAACAUCCAAGCACUGAUAGACCAAGAAGUAAAGAAUGGAAUACCUUCUCACAGAAUUGUUCUGGGUGGAUUUUCACAGGGAGGGGCGUUGUCUCUGUACACUGCCCUAACAACUCAGCAGAAGCUGGCAGGUGUGGUGGCACUCAGCUGCUGGCUUCCACUCCGGAGUUCAUUCCCUCAGGCUGCCGCCAACAGCUCUAAUAAAGACAUACAGAUCCUGCAAUGCCAUGGAGAAGCUGACCCCCUGGUACCCUUGGUGUUUGGCUGCCUAACUGUGGAAAAGUUGAAAAGCAUUGUAAAUCCAGCAAAUGUCAACUUCAAGACCUAUCCCAGAAUGCCACACAGUUCCUGCCCUCAGGAAAUGAUGGAUAUCAAACAAUUUAUUGAAAAGCAGCUACCUCCAAUCAAUUAACUUCACAACAGUGGCCUUUUGACCCUUCACCAGCACCAGCUCUAACUGAACCAGAUCCUUCAGAAGCUCUUAGAUUCUCUAGAUUGCCAAUUGCAUUGGUCAACACCUGCUGUAUUAUAUGUACUAUAUUUUGCCUGUCAUACAGACACAAAAUACAGAACUGGGGCUUAGGAAAGGCUGCAAGAGGAGAUACCAUUCCAUGGUCUUUUAAGCUACGGGAGAGCUGCAAGGAAUCUUCAGUAUUUCAAUGGCUAGUGUUGUGUUGCAACUGUUGUGGAUGUAACUAUUAGUUAUUUAAAAAGCCAUUUCUUCCAGGUAAUAAAUGCAUUUGAUUAUCUAAUACUUUUUAAAAUAUUAUGCUUAAUUUAUGUGGAUUUACAGUAAACUACCAAAAUGAAUUGUCUGGAGAUCGUAAUGUUAUUGUAAAUGGUUGAUGAAUAAUGCAAAUUAAACAGAUUGCAGCAUAUUG